CCCCUCUGUUAACAUCAGUUGACUAGGGAAAUGUUAAGACAUUUGCAAUGUCGCUGUCCAGCUAAAGACAGAAUCAAACCAUUUUAUUACAGAUGUGGGGACGCAUAUUUGUGAACCCACGGGUGACUGGCAGAAUUAAUCUCCUUUGGAACUGCAGUUUCGUUACCAUGCAGCUGAAAACGAAAGAGUUUCAGUCUUUGUUCACCGAUGGGCUGAAUAGCAUAGCAGAGCUUUUUGAGAAGAACCAUUUUGAGCUGCGAAUAGCAGGGGGCGCCGUGCGGGACCUCCUGUCAGGGAAGCGGCCGGAUGACGUGGAUUUCGCCACGACGGCCACACCCGAUGAGAUGAAGCGUAUGUUCCAGGCAGCAGGGGUCCGGAUGAUCAAUAACAAAGGAGAGAAGCAUGGGACCAUCACUGCUCGGAUACACAAUGAGAACUUUGAGGUGACUACACUGCGAGUGGACGUACAGACAGACGGACGGCACGCUGAGGUGGAGUUCACCACAGACUGGAAGCAAGACGCAGAGCGCAGGGACCUCACCAUCAACUCCAUGUUUUUUGGUUUAGAUGGGACCCUGUAUGACUACUUUAAUGGCUAUGAAGACCUUAAGAAUUGCAAGGUCCGGUUUGUUGGCAGCGCGGAACAGAGGAUUCAGGAGGACUACUUGAGGAUUCUAAGAUACUUCAGGUUUUACGGAAGGGUGGCAGCAGAAGCCGGGGAACACGACGCUGAGACGCUGCAGGCCAUCCGGGAGAACGCCCAGGGGCUAGCCGCCAUCUCUGGAGAGCGCAUCUGGGUGGAGCUGAAGAAGACACUGGUGGGAAACCACGCGGCGCAUCUGGUGGAGAUCAUGUACAAGCUGGGUCUGGCUCAGUAUAUGGGAUUACCUGUGGAGGGGAAUGUGGCAGAGCUGACGCGGGUGUGGCAGCAGUCACGCGGUUGGUCACCUAAGCCCAUGACGCUCCUGUCGGCACUGUUCCGGUGCUCGGCGGAAGUGGACAAGUUGGACCUGCGGCUGAAGAUCUCCAGGGAGGAGAAGAACCUGGGGCUCUUCCUGGUGAAGCACAGACGGGAGCUUGUCAAGUCCGCGGACGAGCCCGACAGCCUCAAGCCCUUCACAGAUUUCAUCAUUGAUUCAAGGGAGCCUGAUGCCCAGAGUAAAAUGUGUGAGCUGCUGAAGUACCAGGGUGAGGUGCGGCUGCUUGCGCAGUUGCAGAGGUGGGCCAUCCCCCGCUUUCCUGUCAGUGGGCAUGACCUGAGGAAGAUGGGCAUCUCCUCCGGCAAGGAGAUUGGCGUCAUCCUGCAGAACCUGAGGGACGUCUGGAAGAAGAGCCACUACCAAAUGGGCAAAGACGAGCUACUGAAUAGUGUGACCAGGUCAUAGCUGGGGACCCAGAGGGGGUCAUAGUCCCUAUGUCUGAAAGCGAUCAGAAACCUGGGCCCACCUCUGUGCCCUAUGACUGCCUUCACCCAGUUUUUUUUCCACCUUUGGGAACCCUGAGGGGUGUAUAUAGAGGAUUAUUUAUUGUCCCUAACAGUAUUCAUUACACCAGAUUGCAGCCAUUGUUCACACAGCUGUCCAAGCUGAGGCAAGAAGCAAAUGUUGUCUCUCUAGGUUCUUGUAGCUUCAAUGAACUUUUUUCAAUUCCAAUCAAAUUACCUUUUAGGGGUGGUGAGCAAAAUAGUGUUGUGGGUUUUGAAGCAUACAGCAAGUCUGGCAUCUAGUGUAGAGACAAUGGGGUGGUUUGAAAAGGAAGAGACAGUCCUACACCAAACAUAUUUGAUUCAGGGGGAUGUGGGUGUAUGUGAGAUUUCACAACAACAAGUCUUCAGAAUGUUUUCUUUUUUAUGUUAUCAUAAUGCACUUGUUCAAAAAUGUACAGUGUACUGGCUUGCCACACUCACACUUGUGGGAAAACUUCAGGAAUAAAAAUAUGGAAUGCUUCUGCUGUAUCCUC